AUGGAAGACGGAGUCCCUACCUCAGGCGUCUGGCAAUGGACAAUCUCGAUCAUCACAGGCGUAGUCGGGGAAGCCUUUCAGCGGUAUCUCUUGAUCCUCAACAUCAUAACCGUCGCUUCUGCCAUCGUCUUUUCGAUCCCCGUCAUUGCCCUCGGGCUGAUCGUGUUCCUCUUCAUAGACUCUAUUGCCUUCUUCCAGAGUAUCUGCGCACAUCCUCCUGUCCCUACUCCCCCAAUCGCAACCUCAUCGACAAACAAUUCCGUUGAGGAAGUUCCGCAGACAUACACCGACCCUCCUUUCGCUGAUGAGUCUUUAAAAAUAUACACCCUCCCCAACACACUUCGUUUCAUCGCCAGCCCCCUCGACAUCGACGACGUCUCAACUCCUCUGGCCUACGAAGUCACUAUCGGGCAGUCCGUCAAACAAGAUGAUGCGACGAGUCGUGUCGAAGUGGCGCCGACUGGAAGGGUUCUCGGGGAGGUUAUCGGCACAUACGUGGAUAACGUUACCGUUCUGCUGAAGAUGGAGGAUUGGUUUACGGAGAGCGGGACGUUUGAGAUGGGAAGGUGGAGGGUUGAGCAGGUGCAGGCUGGUGACGAGCUAGGCAUGGAGGUGGCCGUACUGGAGUAG